AUCUUUGUUAUCAUCCAGUGAUGGACACCGAACAAUUCGAGAGCGUCGAGAGCAUCCUCGACAAGUUGACCGGCGAAGACGCUCAGCACGUCAGGCGCGUCCUCUACGGUCCUGCCGUCAAUCCAUUGCAAUUGUCGAGCGAAGCGUUAAAUCAUGCAGAGAUCGAUAAUUUCGAGUUGAAAGGUUACGGCUUCGACAUUAGACAGGAGCAGUUGAGGGCACCGCGCCUGGUGAGGGUGGGCGUUUUCCAGAAUGCCACGCCCCUCGAGACCUGGGCUCCAAUCGAGCAGCAGAGACACGCCUUUUACGGGAUGGCCAAGAGAGCCUUGCUGACGGCGUUCUGCAGCGGCGUCAACGUGUUCUGCUUCCAAGAAGCUUGGAAUAUGCCGUUCGCGUUUUGCACGCGCGAGAAGUACCCUUGGUGCGAAUACGCAGAGGCUGCUGAAGACGGUCCGACGACUGUGUUCCUGCAGCAGUUAGCCAAGCAGUACAACAUGGUGAUAAUCUCGCCGAUCCUGGAGAGGGAUUCUUCGCACUGCGACACGAUUUGGAAUACGGCCGUGGUGAUCGAUAAUCACGGGGAUUAUCUGGGGAAGCACAGGAAGAACCACAUCCCGCGCGUCGGCGACUUCAACGAGUCGACGUACUACAUCGAAGGGAACACCGGUCAUCCCGUCUUCGAGACCGAGUUUGGGAGAUUGGCCAUAAAUAUCUGUUACGGUCGUCACCAUCCGAUGAACUGGUUGAUGUUCGGAUUGAACGGGGCGGAGAUCGUGUUCAAUCCAUCGGCGACUGUUAACGGAUUGAGCGAACCUCUGUGGGGGAUCGAGGCUAGGAACGCGGCCAUCGCCAACGGGUACUUCACGUGCGCCAUCAACCGCGUGGGCACCGAAGUCUUUCAGAACGAGUUCACUUCGGGCGAUGGUAAUAGGGCGCACAAGAACUUCGGGCAUUUCUACGGAUCCAGUUACGUGGCCGCUCCGAACGGGUCGCGAACUCCUGGACUGUCGAGGACCAAGAACGGCCUUCUCGUCGCCGAGAUGGAUUUGAAUCUUUGCAGACAAGUGAAGGAUAAUUGGGGUUUCCAGAUGACUCAACGAUUGGAUAUGUACGCGGAGAAAUUCGGCGAAGCCAUCAAGCACGAUUACAAGCCGGAAAUCAUCAAGAGGAAGUGAUGAAACGAAUUGAUUUAAAAAUAUCGAAACUGGUUUGUAUUUACAAAAAAAAACAAAAAAUAUAUAUAAUAUGUUAAGCACCUGGUUUGAGGUAGCCUGCGUCCACGGACUAGUAUUUGUACUAAAUAUGUUUAUAUAGAGAGAAUUAA